AUGCCGUCUUCACGAGAUACUACAGAGACUGCAGCUGGCGCAGGUGUUGGUGCUGCCAUCGGGGCGGCGGCUUGGGGACUAGCGGCACCUGUGGCCAAUGCGAUUGGCUUUGGCGCAAGUGGAAUAGCAGCCGGAUCGACCGCAUCGUCCAUGAUGUCGAGUGCUGCAAUUGCGAGUGGAGGGGGGGUCGCGGCAGGCAGCACAGUGGCGACGUUUCAAAGCAUUGGGGCUGUGGGGCUGGCCACUCCCAUUGGACUGGGUCUUAUGGCAGCUGGGUGUGCAGUUGGGGGCGUUGGCUGGGGGUAUUUUGGGGAAGAGGACGAGAUGGCGUGGCUGUUGGUGGAAUGGGUUUCUCCGGCGGAAAAGCCCAAAGAAACGCGGUUCACGAGCGAAAGCGAUGCCCUGGAAGCGUUCAAGGCGAAUCACAAUCAUCCAUGA